AUGACCGGCUUAACUGGAAGCACCUGAAUCGUUAAACAAACGUGGCGAUCCCGCUGGAUCAACAAUUCAAUGGACAUCGAAGACCGGAUGAACGCGCAUUAUAGCACAAGUUUUAAACCCUCUGAAAUAAUCAAGGGACAAAUGAGCAAUGGUGAAGAAAUCAUAUCUCCAAACCCACUGUACACUAAGCGCACAUUUGAUGCAAAGAAGCAAAAGAAAACCAUUGAUUAUAAUGAUCCAUUUGAUGUUAGAAACUUUGUGGCAAGCUUUGAUUCACCUAAAUAUGGGUCUGUUACAAAAGACAUAGAAAAUAUUCUUUCACUAAGAAAACAGACGUUAAUGCCUUGUUUUAGAAGGUAUCCUUCACUUGGGGCUGAUUUAAUGGACACAUACCCUGUGAAGGAGGCUCCAUUUCCAAAUCCUGUGAAGGAGGUUUCAGUUGCAAAUCAUGUGAGGGAUGUGGUUAUGUUUGAUGAUGCCAUGGCCAUGGGUCAUGAUACAAAUGCACCUGAUUCUGUUGUCAUCAUAGGAUCAGAUGAUGAUGAACCCACAUCCGCAAGGCCUUUUCAACCUUACAGAGACAUAGUCUUGAAUAAGCCUGAAGGCCAGUUUUCAAUGAAACAAUUUCUGGAGGGAGAUUAUGGUCAAGGUCAAGCUUCAGUUGGGAAAGGAGGAGGAGGAGGAGGAGGAGGAGGAGGAGGAGGAGGAGGGAGAGGGUAG